UGGACAAAUGCCAAAACGUACAUGAUAUACUCAUACUAAUACAUGUAAGGUGUAAGAAGCGUUUUUCUGUAAACUAGCUUAGUUGGUAAAAUGAUUUUAUUAUUCAAAUCUUAUCAGUCAAAGUAAUAUAUAUUUUAUUAUUGGUAAAAGUGCAGUUCAGGUGCGUAAUAUUAUCCUAACGGCAACGGCCUGACGCCGCAUUUCGUAUUUUCCCCAUGUAAACUUACGUGAUACGUGUAGUCGUAGUUAUUCUUUGUUAAUUAAAUACAGGAAGUUAUAGUUAACUAAUAGCUAUUUAUGCUGAAUUAUACAGGGCUUUUUUGCUUUUAAUUUGAUUUCUAAAGCGUCUUUAAACAUCCCCCAAUCAAAGUUAAAAUAAGUUACAUAGCCCAUUCGUUUUGUAUUUGUUUUUAAUCCUCUGGCCAGAUUUUUAAUCACUUAUUAUGACUUAUACUUAUAAGUUAGUAUGCCAAACGAAAUUUUCAAACUGUAGGCAUGUUCACACAAAAAUAAUGAAAUACUGGAAUUUUUCUUCCUCACGAGCGACCCCUCCCCCCCAUCUUUUUUUCCCUCUCAUAGCGCUCAGUCUCAGAAUAUACCAAAAUAUGGGUUUCCCUAAGUUAGACAUUAGGGGGGGAGAAUUAGAAGUGGAUCACCUACUAAGACAGCGGACACACAUCAUCAUUGUCCUGGAGUGCGGCUGAAGAGGCGGGGGCUAAAUCUGAGGAUGGCUGCCGCGGCGUCUUUUGUGUGUUUAUUAAUAGUUGCAGUGAAUUAGGGUUUAGGUUAGGUUGAGGGAUUGAUUUAGGGUUCAGGUUAGGCAUAGGGAUCGAUUUAGGGUUCAGGUUAGGCAUAGGGAUCGAUUUAGGGUUCAGGUUAGGCAUAGGGAUCGAUUGAGGGUUCAGGUUAGGCAUAGGGAUCGAUUUAGGGAUACAUUCAUGAAAUUCAAUAAAAUAGUGGCAGUCGUCCCUGUAAUUUACCGAGGCAAGGGUCCACAAAUUUGUGUCAAUGUGUGAUCACGUUCCACUUUUUAAAAAAAUAUUUGUGACUUGCAGAAAUGUGGGAAAUCGGAAUGAUAGCAUGGGUUCAUUUAUUGAUGGUCAUCGCAUACUGAUGGCUGCAAAUACGUUGUUCAUGAUUGGUCAGCUCUAAUUUGAGCACCCCUCCCCUUUUUCGUAUGCAAAUGCGCUUAUCUUGACUGACUUGCACUGAGUAAAAUGAGGGUGAGGGCUAGUGAUUAUAUAUAAUAAGACGGACUCGUUUUGCGGUAUUGCUGGUAGUGUGAUCACUUGGUUCAAAAUGGCAGAACAACCAAGAAACAAUAAUUCAAAUUGUUGAUGCAACGGAAAUCUUAAAUGAUGCAGCAUUUGGUUUAUACGUGCACUUUGUGAGGCAACAAAUAACAUUAAUACAACUAUGGAAUUUCUCACAAGUCGCUCCCCAUUGAAGAACAAAAUGGAUGUGACAAUUGCAAUGUGGCUUGAAAACUGGCUAUGUGGGUCGUAUGUCAAGUAUGAGAGUUCCAUAUAACUCCGGAUAUAUUUGAUAGUAAAGUUAUAAAAUAAAUUAAAGAUACAUCCAAUUGGGCAUCUUUUAUAACGUAUCUUUAAAGACAGAUCCUUGAUUUACCACAAUGGCUCCGUAAAAGACAAAAGAUCCAUAAAGAUGUACUUUUAUAUCUCGUAAAAUUUGUUAAAAAUGUUGUUGCAUUCUAACAAAAAGAUGGCAUUUUACUUUAAAAAAUUCUUUUAUAAAAAAUUCACAUAAUUUUACAUGCGAAAAUAUGAAAUUCAACCAGAAAUAAAAUACGCACAUAAACUGCACUUUUACCUUAUUAUUUAUAUAGCUCAUAUUAUGAAAAAUGAAAUGGGGCCCCGACACAACACUAAAUUUAAAAAUUUUUUUUACUAGACACUAAUUACACUAUAUUUUUAUUACUUUACUACAUUUACUAUAAUUUAUAUAAUAUCAACACAUUAUUAAUUAUAUCAUAGUCCGUAGCCGUAGUGAUUGUAUUGUAUUGAAAUAUCAGUGUAUUUAAAACUAAUAAUAGUCAAGCCAUUUAGGACUGGUCAAGAAUUUUCCAGAAAGUUCAAUAAUUUAAAAGGCUAGGUUGGGGUUGCUAUAGCAUUUACCAUGGUAAAACACUUUUGAGAGAGCUGCAUUGGCUGUCGGUCAGCGCACAGAUAGAAUACAAAAUUGCAACUCUGUGCUACCGCUGCUUGCAUGACCUAUCUCAAAGCGCUCAUGACGCCUUAUGUACCCACUAGAUCACUCCAUUCAAACUCUGGAUACCACGAGUCUGCCUUGAUACAUAUGGAAAGCGCGCUUUUGCUGGCCCAAAAAUCUGGAACAGCCUUUCUGUCGUUCUCAGAAACAGCCAGACACUUCAGUCUUUCAAAACUGAGUUGAAAUCACAUCUUUUUCGCACUCACCUGCUGGGGUGAUGAAGUCUACCUCCUUGUUUUCAAGAAGCUUGCUCAUAUUCCUCGAUGUAUAUCAGCUUGUAUUGUCCAUUGGCUUGUAUGUCGAUUUUAUAUUGUUGCGUUUUGUAUUUUAUUGCACUUUGAGCCUUAAUUAGGGAUGAAGGGUGUUUUUGAAAAUUAUUAUUUUAAAUGAAGUGGCUGCUUGCACUGUGGUGGUGUACCUAGCAAAACCAUGGACCUAUGCCUAUGCCUGCGUACACCGCAGCUAAAUUGUACCAUUUGCCUGGUUUUAAGUUAUGCCUGUUAGUGGCUUUUAGAUUAGAUAUGAUAUUGCUGGGUCUUGUGAUAGAGUAGACACAAGGCAAUAUUAUAUUUUGUGAUCAAUUACCAAAUGGGGAUAGAUUUUCUUUUUAAUUUUUUUUGGGUGUUUUCAUUUUGAUUAAAAAUAUAUUUUAUAUUAAAAUUACUAUGUUCAUUUGUAACAGUAAUUUAAUAAGAAUUUUAAAAAUAUCUUGGAACAAUUUAAAUAUUUAAAAUAUAUGUUAUAAUCUGAUUAUUAAGUUUUAAGUUUAAACUUGAACAAGUUGUGCUGGCCUUUGAAUUUGAAAAUAAUAAGAAAUGAGAAAACAAACAGAAAGUGCAUGUAUAAUGUAUGUAAAAUGUAAAAUAACCAGAGAAAUGAUUGUAUUUCAACAUUCUUCAUGUACCGUAGUUGAUUAUUUACAUUUUACUUUUACAUGUAAAUAUAGCCUUGAUGUAGACUACAGCUGUUAAUGAAUCUGUUAACGUAUGAAUGCGGACAUCCAUUGAAAAUAACAGUAUAUCAUAUGAAUAUUAAUGUGCAUGAACGUCAUUUCAAUGAUCUUGCUUUCACUAUGCAUUGGCAAAAUUUACACAUGACAUCAACGGUUCAUUCACAACCCUCAGUCUCAUAGCCAAUCUUUUGAAAAAAACAUGAUUUUAAAAACACACAGCGCAGUAUCAAACUGUAUAGCAAAGCAAUAGGUCUGUGUUUACCCCGUUCAUGACAGAAUUUUUUUCCAGAGUGGCAGAGCAUGUGCUAUUCGCAAGGUAAAACACAACAUCUCACAGAAACCAUUGCACAAUGCACCAAGGACAGGAUGUGUGCUAUUUCAAUAAGAAAUCGAUGCAUGGCGGGGGGGGGGGGGGGGGGGGUUGAGUUAUGGGCAGAGGCUCAACAGUGGGUACAAAACCAAAAAAGGGGCCUAAUCAGAUCAUGGCUCUGGAUAGGGGCUGUCCACAAAUGACCUCCGGACAACAAAUAUAACUUUUGCAUACAACCCCACCUGGGUGUUUGCUGAUGUCCGCCGGCACUUUUUACAGUGUGUAAUGGCAGGAAAUAUAACUAUUAUAAAGAGCACAGAGUCAAUACAUUUAAAUGUCUAAAAUCAGUAUGAUAUAUAGGGCUAUCCAUAUAUUUACGCAUUAUAGGGGGAGGAUGUUGACAUUAGAUACUUUGCAUACUGCUGUGUAUAGCGGUUGUGGGAGGGGUGGUGGGUUUGGCGGAAAGAACACAUUUAAUGAUUAUCCUGUAGUUCUGACACUCUAAUACAUCUAAUAAAGCCAAAUUUAACCUGAAAAUCUAUGAAAUCAAUGAUAUUUAAUUAUUGUUAAAAGACUUUAAAAAAUCACUGCAGUCAAAAUGUUUUGUGUUGACAAUCGCUUGAUAUCACAAUAGUAAUGUUUAGCUUCAGACAAAUUAACUUCAAGACCAAUGUACAUGAUUCUCUGCCUGUAACAUAUUUUUGGCAUAAUUAUAUCUUGGGGUUAACAAAACAGAUACACCUGCUUCCCAUUCAUUUUGUACCCCACCCCCCAAGGGAUGACAUACAAUAUUAUAAUAUCACCCCCCCCCCCCCAAUAAUCUAAUUCAAAUUAGCUACCCUUUUCAGGCCUUAAGAUUCACAAACAUAGGUUAAAAGGUAUAAUAAUUGAUAAAUAUAUUUGUAUUGCAAUUUAUGGAAGGGGGGGGGGGAAUAUAGUGGUAAACUUUAAAAAUAAAUCAUGGUUUAACAUUACACUGCCCCCUUCCAAUUUUGAAAACAAUAUAUUUCCUUUAUCUUGGCGGAUGGCUUGGGGAAGUGCCCCCCACACAGGGCGGGCCAAUAUUUUACCCGACUUUCCAGUUAGUUCAAAAUGGCAAUCUCUAUUUAAAGGAAAAAGAAAUGAUGCACAGGGUGGACCACUUUUCCAACCCCCUUAUCCCAUGCCACUCUCCCAGAAACUAUUAUAUGUCCUACUAUAAUCUACAAAUUGCCUCUCUGUGGGGAGUACACCACAAGUUAGGAUAAAAAAUGCGUUUUACUUACAAAAAGGCCAGAUGUGACCAAUAAAAUACUAAAAAAAUGCUUUGCUCUUUAUGAGUACUUUGCCACAAAAAAUGUGGAACUACCCAGUAUCUUUCUCCCAACCCCCAAAAUAAAUAAAAAAUAUUUUAUCUAAACUUAUUAUCUAUACUUAUCAACAAAAAAAAAUUACAGUUACAUUCUUCUAGGAACGUCAUUCCUUUGUGUUCAUGCAGGACUUGGGCCAUGCGCAUAAUUAAAAUCUCAGUACUGCUUUUGUUUAAUCUUGCAGGUAUUAAAUGAUUUUUAAAUAAAUAGUUUUCAUUUUUUUAACAAGUUUUACAAGUACUGGUAAGGCCAUAGAGAUAAAGACUCGCAAAGACCGUGGUUUUGCUGCUUAUACCACUGCGGUGUACACAGGCCACAGCCAAUGCUUUUGCUAGGUACACCGCUGCGGUAUAACCAAGCCAAAGUCAAAGUUUUUGCUAGGUACACGGCCAUGGUGUAGGUAAUGCCGGCCCAUUUUAAAACUGAUUGUAAAUCGAGAACUUUUAAAUUUUAACUUCAUUAUUUAUUUAAAUGAUUAUUAUAAGGCCCCUUAUCUCAGGCAGAACUAAAAUGGUACAUCAUGUAAUGGGCCCCUCUUUUAACUUAAAUUUUAAAAAAUGGAUUUAGCUAUGGCAUUUAGCUGUAUAAUUAUUUGUAUUCAAAAAAUAGUUUUAUAAGUUGGUAAACUGCACUUCAUAAUCCCACCGGGGAUCAGCAUUCCCCCUGGGGAAUGUGAUCCCACCAAUAAACAGGAUUUAAAUGAGAAAAUGUUAUCCCAACUGGUAAAAGUAUCAAAACAGAAUAGAUCCCAACAUGAAUGGCAUCUCUGGGGUAACGGGAUACCACAGAGGAAUGGGAUCCCACAGGAGAAGGGGAUCCAACAGGGAAGUGGUUCCCACCGGUAACAGGAUCAAACCAGGUAUGGGAUCACAUCAGAAAAUGGGUUCCCAUCAGGGAAACAGAGAAUCCUACCGGGAAAUAGGAUCUUAUCGGGAUCCCACAAGAGGAGGAUCCCAUACUGAGAAAUUGGGAUCCAAUUCCGAAAUGGGAUCCCUUUGGGAUUGUGUUUUAUUUAAUGUGUUUUUUACAGGCCCCUUAAUUUUGAUUUUAGCUAAAAAGCUGUAGAAAUGUUUUUUUUCUGAAUGAAAUCCUGAGCAUGCAAGGUAUAUCGGCUGAUAGAUAUAUAUGUAACUACACACCAACACCCUUUAGACCACUUACUACUGUUUCACGACACACUGUUUGGAAAGCACUGCUCCAUAGGCAGCAGAUUACUUAUUAUUAAUAAAUAUUGUCAUUUUAGUAUGCAUGAACAUUAUAUUUGUAAUACUUGUUAUUUGUUAGUACAUUCAGUACAGACAGGGUCUAUUUUAAGUAUUUUGUUGCAUCAUUUUUUUAAAAGGUUACUUAUUGUAUCAUAAUCUAUUUUUUCAGGGUUAAAAAUGUGAGUAAAAUGUAAAGAAAAGAUGCAAAUCUCAAGCACUUAACUUCAAGCCAAAAUCCUGUUUGGUACUUUGCUAAAAAAAAUUGAAAAAUGAAUUUCACGAAAACUCAUUCAGUUUUGUCUCAUCAAUUUAUAAAUCAAGAUGCUGAUAAGUUUUCAGAAGCUUUACAGAUACCAGAAAUAUCUAUCACUCAAUCACAAGCACCAGAUAGUUCUAUUGAGGCACAUUUAUUGAGCAGCCUUGUUGCUACAGAUUUAGGCCCAUCAUCAAACUCACCUUCAGAAUCAUCAAUAAGGUUGUAUGUAGAAAGCCUUGAUGGUAGUGUCACAGAUGAUGAUAUUAGUGAUGCUUCACUGAAAGAUAAAAUUAAUCGAGGCACACUAACUGAAAAGGAAGAUUCCAAACCAUCCCAAUGUAAAUAUUGUGUAUUAAGAUUGUCAAAGCUCAGGAAACUAGAGAAAAUUAAGACAAACAAGUUGUCUUUAGUAUCAGCUUCUACCAACAGCUUACAUAAUUCUCAAAAUCCUCAAAGUGCAAGCAAAAAGGAAAGGGCAUGUCAAACAUCAGCAUCAUUGUUUGAGAGGGCUGAAAUGACAAAUCGGGAGUUAAGGAGCUUAGCAAUGAUUUUACGCUUUCGACAUGGGAAAUAUCUAAGAACAGAAACAUUUUGCAAGUGUGCAAAGUAUGGCAGAGAGAGAGACUGCCGGUGUGGGGAGGAGGAGAAUUGUAAGUAUGUCAAGUGUGCUCAUAUUGUCAGUAAUUUGUAAAGACCUUUGUAUUAAUAAUAGUUUUUAAAUACUAAUUUUUACCUUUCUAUAUUCCAUCAAAAUUCAAGAGUUACAAAAAAAAAACAUUUAGUAUGAACAUUAGGUAUUUUUGCAUUAAUUAUAGUAAAUUUGUUUGAAAUUUUAAAUUUGAUAUCCAGAUUUUGACUGGGUCUGGGAUCCUAAUGUAAAACACAGAGGCCAGGCCACUAGUUUGCAAGAACAGGGCCAUCAAGUAAUAUUUCACAAAGAUUACAGCUGUGGAACAUCUGCUGUACGAGGUCAGCAGCCCAUGGAAAAAGACCAAUAUUUCUGGGAAAUAAAGAUGACCACACCUGUAUAUGGUACAGAUAUGGUAUGCAAAAUAUGUUUUGUAUUUUAAAUGCAUAUGAUCUUUAAACUUUUUAAAAUUCACAUUUUCUAACAUCAGCAACAAUUAAAUUUAAUGAAUAUAUUUGAAUAACUGGUACAGGGUACUUAACAUUAAAUUUAAAUCAUUAUUACAGUAUGUAUUGUGUAAUAAACAUUUUUAGAUGAAAUAUUUUGCUUGGGAAAUAACAAGCUUUUGUUUACCGGUAUGUGAAAAAUUUUUUUGAUUAGCCAGCUAACAUGAGCGACGAUAUUUGGCUAAAUAAUUGUACAUUAUUGUCACAAUGGUUUUCCUUAAUUUCAGAUGGUUGGAGUUGGGACUGAAAAUGUUGAUCUCAACAAAUUUCACAACAUUUUCUGCAGCAUGUUAGGUUAUGAUAUGGACAGUUGGGGUAUUUCAUAUGAUGGGCGCAUUCAACAUGGAGGACGUAAACAGGAAUAUUGCAGCAGAUUUGGUCAAGGAGCAAUCAUUGGUGUCCACCUGGAUAUGUGGCAUGGCACACUCGCCUUUUUCAAAAAUCGUCAGUGUUUAGGUAAUGAAAAAUUUGAAAAGAAUUACCAAUUUGAAAUGAUUGGCAGGGGGUGUUUUUUUAAUCUGUACAAUUACCUAAAUAAAUUAAAUUCAACCUUUUUUUUUUUUUAGGUAUUACCCAUAGGAUUGAUGAUAACUAGACAUUUGAUAGUUUAGUUUUAGUAUUAAGUGAUUGGCUGACAAUCUGAAAUUAAUUUUGGAGAAGUGAAGGAUUAUUUAAUAUAAAUUUAAAUUUUUUACUCAUAGCCAUAGUUUUGUUUACCUACAGUUAAGAUUUUUUUGUGUGGAUAGAUUAACAUUUUUGUGUGAACAUAUUUUAAAAAGUUUUGUGCUUUUAAGUACGGUAUUAUAAUUUUUUAAAAAAUCUUAUGAUUUGUACUGUGGUACCCGGUACUCAUUUAAGGACUUAAUCAAUGUGUGUUUUUUCAAAAAACAUACUAUUUGAACAAAUAUUGGUGAUUUGCAGAACUUAAGUUUAAGUUUGAGGUUACGAGCAGUUAUAAAUUUUAAAAAAGUGCUUUCUGCAUCAGUGAGAGUUAAAAGAUUUUAUUUUAAACUUUCAAAUGAAUAAGCCAUUUCAAUAAGUCCAUUAAAAAAAUUGUGCUCACAUCCAGGUCUACUCAGUCUAACUAUUUGAUGAUGAGGCAAUAUAUUUUUAUUUUCUACCAAGCAUCAGCAAAACACAUAAUGAGAGUCAGGUAUCCUCUAAUCCAGUGGUUCCCAAAUGGUAAGGGGUCUGCAAGCACUUCUCAGGGGCUCCACGGCCACUCAAGGAAACUCUAUGUCCUAAACACUGUUAACUUGUAAGACAUUACAGGAUAGGCCUAGGGGGUUGCCCUAUAGAAAUUAUUUAAAAAAUUGGGCUACACAAGUCAAAAGGGUUGGGAGCACUUCUCUAAACUAAUGUGUUAUUUCAGAUCUAAGUGUUUUUAAAAAUAGAUUAAAUCAAAACGAAAACAGGGAAAGGGGUAUUUUUUUAAUGAUGAUUUUAAUUACUAAUAUGCAUUAUUUUAAAGGGCUGGAGAUCACUUCCAGGUAAAUUCAAGCACUUACCACUUGGUGUAGUGGCAGUGGACAUUAUCCUUACCACAACAUUAUGUUCAUUAUUUAACCUUCAUGUUACCCUUACAUUUUUCAGGUGUUGCUUUCAAGAAUUUGAGAGGAAGAACCUUGUAUCCCAUGGCGUGUUCUACAGCCGCUCGCAGUGGCAUGAAAGUAAUAUCUUCCAGAUCUUUCCCCACUUCCCUCCAGUUCCUUUGUUGUCAGAGGCUACGAAAGUUUGUUCCAUCCCACCUCAGUGUCCUUGAUGCCCUGGCCAUGCCUCCAGGAUUAAGGGCCUUCUUAGCCAACAACAUGACCUGGUUGCUUCAUGUGCCCCACAACACCCUGCCAAAACCCAAAUCGGGAUACAUAUGUGAGAUCUGCUUGCCCUUUAAAAGUGUCCUAGAAGGAUGCACUGAUGAUGAGGAUGAAAGCAGUGACGAAGACACAAGGAUAGAGCAUAUCCAUGAUGUCCUCAAUCUAGGGGACUCUGACGAUGAUAUAACAGAAGAUGAGGAGAAAGAAGACUCAGCUGAGCGAAAAUCACAGACCGGCGGCUUGACUGGUUAUCUCCUGACACCCCGAAGACCAAUUCAAUGGCAGAAUGCACACCCCCACCAUUCUUCAGCGGGCUCAGCUUCGACAUCAAGACCGGACCGGGUGAUUGUGAUGCAGAGGACUCUGUGCAGUGUCAAAAAAUUCAGGCUGAGCGGUGUCCAGGCUGAUGAGGAAGCAGAGGAGGAGAACAGUGAUGAGGAAUUGUCAGAGCCAGACACCAGCAGUGAAGUCCAGGAGGAGAGCCUGAGUGAUAUCCAGAUGGAAAUAGAACAGGAGGGCAGUAAACAGCUGAUGAAGCUGGGUAAAAGAAAGCGAAGUUGAUAAUUAGAGAUUAUGGUUAUAAUGAAUGUCCUUUUUUUAAAAAAUUUAUUAAAAUCCCCUUAAUUGAAACAUAAGUUAGGGAUCAACUAUUACUGCCUGAAUGAAAGUAUUAGGUUUUUUUGCUAUCUAUCACCUGAAAUGUUUUUGUUUUUCAAAAAGUAUUUUUCCAAACAGAUGCAAUCAACUUUUCAUUAAAGGUUUAUCAUGGAUACGUUGUGCUAUGUGUUUAACAGAACUGCCAAAAUUUGUAUUGAUUUUUAAGGAAAACCUACAUGCCAUUAACCUAGUUUUACUUGGCUACAAACAAAAUGCAGAUAUCUUUAAUGCCUCUGACACCACAACAAGAUAGCAUGAGAUAUCAGGAUUUUAAAAUGUGACAUUUCUGUUUUGUUGUUCAUUUGUAUGGUCUUGCCAUGAACAAAGUUGAUAUCUGAUAACAUGCUUGCACAGUUGCAUGUUUUUCCACCAUAGUUUUAAUUUUGUUUACUUUACAAGUUAAAUUAAAUCCUGCCAAAUUCAAAAUCUCAUGAUUUUAAAGGAUUAGAAUGUCUGUGUGAAUUUUCUGUUUGGUUGCAUCAUCACAUCGCUUAAUGUCCUACUGAUAGAGCAAGGUGGCAUAAAAUGACUGGUGUUGAAAAACAUGAAUUUUGCGCUGUUUAUCUUAUGUGAUAUUUCUUCAUAUGGUGGGGCUUCUGUAAUAGUUAUAACACAAGACAACAUGUCCAAAUGUUGUGUUUUCAGUUUGAUGUUUUUUUUAAUUUAACUAUUCAUAGUUGAUCACAAAGGGGGAACUAAUCAAGUAAAGGGAACUAAUCAAAUGACUCUGCCUUCCUAUUAAAAUUAUAUUCACAUUUUUUCAAAUAUUUUAACACAGUAAAUUUUAUGUAAAUAGUUAACUAUUUAUGAUUCCAAGUUAAUUUAUGACUGCAAUAUUUAUGAUUUAAAGUUAAAGCAUUAUUAAUAAAUCUUUACUAAAUACAUAGAAAAAUAUCAGCACAUAUUAAUACUAUACUGACAUUGGUCUGGGAAACCUCUAUCAGUAAUUGCAAUAAGAGAAAGAAAGGUAACAGCUACUAAUUAAAUACUCAGUGCCUCUAGCACACUUCAAAAGUAAAACAAGAAAUACAUACCAGUUAGAGAAACACAUUUUUUAGAUUAUUUAUUACACAAUGUAUUUUAUGGCUUAAAUUUGUGUAUGUAAUAAUUGUCACUUUACAAAAUUCAACAUAUACUCAGAUCUUAACUGUUUUAUUUGUUGACUGUUUCUAGUAGACAAAGAAUUGUCCAUGUCUUAAGAUAAUUGUAUCCCAUGUUAAGUCUAUAAAAAUGGACCAACUUAUACUAUGGCUUUAAAAAUGAGUGGUUGUUAAAAAAUAUUGAUUUAAUAUUAUAAAUUAUAUGUGCUUGAUAUAUGGUUGGUUUUUUAUGUUCUUUGCAGUUUGAGAGAACAAAAAUUUGUAUUGAUGCUGACAAGAUUUACAACAAAGUUUUGUGAGAUUAAACAAUACUGGCAAUGUGUUGGCAGAAAGCCUACAUCAACUGACAAACAAUACUGGCAAUGUGUUGGCAGAAAGCCUACAUCAACUGACAAACAAUACUGGCAAUG